AUGCCAGUCCAACCCCUCGCCUUCAGUCUCCCACUUUGCACAGGCUGCCUUACCAACACACAAGCCACUUUCUUGAUCUACCCAUCUCUACAGGGCAAUGUCGUGGAACGUGCUGAUCCAGCGACCCUACCACAGCGGCUUGAGGGUGCCAAUGUUGUGUAUGUGGCGAUCCCCUGCGGGCCCAACGCGCCACCAGGCCCAUAUGCACAUGCACAUCCCCAGCCAACAACCCCUUGGCUUCCGAAUAGCCACAUCCCACAUCAAUCACACCCUCUUCAGCGGCAGAACGAGACCUAUAGCAAUGCGCAUGCGGCACACGAGUGUCUUUGCGGGCCAGGAUGCGAGUGCUUGGGCUGCAUUGAUCACCCGUUCAACAGUGCCACGGAAGCAUAUGUCCAAUCCGCCUAUCACUUGAGCAAUUCGGAGUGGAACGGCGGCGCGGGAUUGACGGGGGAGUCCAAUGGAGCCGGGUUACAAAGCGCCGGGCAUGCCACACCGCAAGAAGAGACCAGCGACGACAUCUCUUUGCAAUUAGCUCUAGCAGGCUUGACCAACAAUUCCCCUCCGGGACAGGUCGUCGACCCGAACAGUUUCUUCUUCGUCGAGUACCCGAUCGAUCUGGCCUACACCGAUAACAACGCUGGCCCAAGCGGACGUGCCGCUGCUGCAGACCUGGCCAACGGGAGGAGGAACGAUUGUGAUAUGCUGUGA